AUGAAUGAAAGGGAGCCUAAAGAGGAAAUAAACGAAAAUUUCACUACUAAAGUGGAGUCCGACGAAGACAACGAUGCUAUGAGCCUUGACGAUCUACAGGAAUCCAGCAAUACUGAGCAACGCCUAGAAGAAAGAGAACAAUCGGAAGCAAAAGAACAUGAACAUUCCGGAGACGGUUUCAGAGAAGAUGAGGGAAAAGACGAGAUGCCUCGUCGUGCAAAUGGGUCGAACUAUGUAAUUGAACCUUAUUUGGAAUUAAGAGACAUGGCAAAAAAUAAAACACUCCAAGAAUUCAUGAAUGAAAUGGAUGACUACUCUCCUAUAAUUCCUGAUGUUUUACUUGACUAUUACUUGAGUCUUUCAGGUUUUCGGUGUGCUGACUCCCGUCUUAAGAAGCUCUUGGGCCUAGCCGCUCAAAAAUUCAUUUCUGAUAUUGCUCAAGAUGCCUAUCAGUAUUCCAAAAUUCGUACUGGUAGUAGCUCUACUUCUUCUACCGGGUUUAACGCACCAAACUAUAGUGCUGCAGGUGCCUCCGCCGGUGGUCCAACUCGGAGAGGUGAUCGGGGCAAAGCCGUCUUAACCGUUGAUGACUUGAGCUCGGCAUUGAACGAGUAUGGUAUCAAUUUAAAGCGUCCAGACUUUUACCGUUAA